CGGAAGAGGGUGUGACAACUGCUGGGUGCUGUUAGGAACGUUGGUUUAAAUGGAAAGUUGAUUAUAUUGUUUGGACAAGUACUCAUAGAGAAUUAACGUGAUUAACAUUCUUACCAAUUAAUUCAUCAUGCCCGCAUAUCAUUCGAGUUUCGUAGAAAGUAAUGGAAACAUCGGUAAUAUGGCACUCUUACCGAUUCGAACUCAUUUCAGGGGUCCCGCACAUCCUUCGAAUCCUAAGGAUAGAGAUAUAAUUGACGAAGCAUUGUACUUCUUCAAAGCAAAUGUGUUCUUUAGAACAUACGAAAUAAAGAGUGAGGCGGAUAGAGUUUUAAUUUAUAUUACAUUGUACAUAACCGAGUGUUUGAAAAGGCUACAAAAGUGUGCUACCCAAGCACAAGCAAAUACCGAAAUGUAUUCUCUCGCCAUUUCGAAAUUUGAUAUUCCUGGAGAUCCUGGAUUUCCCUUAAAUUCUGUGUAUGCUAAACCAAGUAAUCCCAUGGAUGCUGACACAAUGAGGCAAUAUCUACAACAAAUCAGACAGGAGACUGGCGUCAGAUUAAUUGAAAAGGUAUAUGGAGAAGAUGGAAAGCCCAGCAAAUGGUGGUUGUGUUUUGCAAAAAAGAAGUUUAUGGAUAAAUCUUUGUCUGGUCCUGGAAAAUAAAACGCUUUCGUUUAACGUAAUUUUAGAGCAUUACAUAAUGUGUAAAUAAAGAAUUUUCUAUGCAAAGAA